AUGUUGUCCAAACCUCACCACACUAACCAAAAAUCAAAGCUCCCACAACUCAUACCAGAGCUUUGCGAAAGGGAGUAUUGUAAAUUUGCUGGAUGUUUAAAGCAACAUUAUCGUGGCUCACGACACGCAUGCUUGAAUGGUGGGAAUUGCUUCAACUUGUCUUGUACUUUUGAUCAUUGUACCGAAAGCAACCCUCACUUUUGGAGUGUAGCCCAACGUCAAGCCAUAUCAAAGCAGCAGUUGAGCUUGAUCCCUCCUCUUGUGGACAGGCCAUCAGGAAGCUCACAGCCCGAAGAAAGAUCGAAAGUGAGCAGUAGUGGUAUGAAGCCAUCUCCUUCUGCAGAGACGUUGGAGAAGUUGCCAAAACUCAUUUCAACUCCAUGCAAAAAGGGAGAUGACUGUCGUGACACUGAAUGUAUCUAUUUUCACAAACACAGACCAAAAUGUUUACAUGCAGAGAAAUGUUGGAAGAAUACAUGCACCUUUGAUCACAGCUCCUUCACCAAUCCAAGCACUCUCAACUCGAGACAACAAAAGCUUUUGAAAUGGAAAAUGCAUCUAUUCAAACAGAAUAGUUUGUUUGCAGGAGGUGAUUGCGGAUCAAGCUCAGAUGAAGAAGAGGAUGACAAUCGUUCCACUUCAAGCGUCGGCAGCACUGCACACUUUGACGUUGAUACGGAAUUUUCAGAAAAGAGUGAUAGCAUCUCCGAGGUUUUUGAUUUGGACGAUCGAGACCCGUUAUUGGAUUUCUCUCAACUUCAAGAAACCUUUAUUCUUGAUACUCUCCAAAAACAAGCUCCAUCCUUGAGCAAAAAACAACUUGAGGAGUAUGCCAACAAAGUACAGUUGUCUAUCAGUGAGCACUUUAUGGAGAGACAAGAGGGCAUUAUGAAGAAAAUGUUGGAAAAUACCAGAACAUUGGGCUUUGGAGAAGAAUAUAUGGCAAUUCGCAAGGCACUUAUGGAAGAAAAGAACCUCCUUCACAAACAAAAGAAAAGCUUUGAUUGUAGAAUGAGAGAAUUGGAAGAGAAAAGAGCUUACUGCUCCAAUUAUUCAUUACUUUACCAAGCAUAUGAGCGAGAAUUCAAGAGAGCCAAAGCACUUCUGCCUUUCUAUGGCUUUAGAGACGAAAUACUUCAAGCGAUUGCUGAUAACGACAUUGUCUUAAUUCAAGGUCAAACUGGAAGUGGAAAAUCCACUCAAAUUCCACAAUUCUUGUUAGAGAGUGGUUAUUUUGGAAGAAAAAUUGCAUGUACUCAACCAAGAAGAGUUGCCACCACCACAUUGGCUGAUCGAAUUAGUGAUGAAAUGAACUGUAAUGGAACUCCGCUCAUUGCAGCAAAAGGAGCACGUAAUUAUCAACAUGGUGGCAAAACCAAGCUCAUCUUGCUGACAGAUCGUUCAUUGUUGAACGAAUUUUGUAAGGACAGAAAUUUGAAAAAGUACGGCUGUAUUAUGAUCGAUGAAGCACACGAAAGAACAGUAUUUACUGAUAUCUUGCUCGCAGAAUUGAAAGCACUUGUGAAACGAAGAAGAGAAUCAGGAGCUCCAUUGAAAUUGAUCAUCAGUUCUGCGACAAUGGACGAGGACUUGUUUUCCUCAUACUUUGAAAAGUGUCCUGUCAUCAAGGUUCCUGGUCAAAUGUAUCCUGUCAAAGUCCACUGGGAAAAAUCUCAAUCCAACUAUGUCAACCAAGCUGUUAAUAAGGUGCUAUAUAUUUUGUUGAAUCAUCGACAAGUUAAAAGCGACGCUUUGAAAGGUUCCAUUUUAGUGUUUUUGACAAAUCCUGAAGAAAUUGAACAAGCAUGUAAGAAAUUAAAACAUGCACUGAAAGCAAAGCAUAACGACUAUGAAAUCCUUCCCUUGCAUGGAAAACUGAGCCCUGAAGCACAGCAACAAGUGUUACGUGAAUCUACAAAGGUGAAAAUCAUUUUUGCAAGCAAUAUUGCAGAGACAUCGGUCACCAUUAAGGGUCUCACCACAGUUAUAGAUACCGGACGUGUAAAAGAGAGAAGUUUUGAUCAAAAUAGAAACAUCUCCCUGCUGAAAGUGAAUUUUAUCAGUCAAAGUUCUUCAUUGCAAAGAAAAGGAAGAGCAGGUAGAACACAACAAGGUGAAUGUUUCAAUUUAUACGAUUACUCGGAAUUUUUGCAGUUUAAUAUCUCACAACCUGCCGAUAUUUUCAAAACUCAUUUGGGAACAGUUAUUCUUCAAAUUUUAACUUGUCACUCCAAAUUCCACAGCAACGACCUUAUCCACUAUGACCUGAUUGAAAAACCAUCACCUAGUGCUCUCAACAGCCAACUCAACAAGCUUCUUGCUUUGGGAUUUGUGAAAGCAGAGUCCGGAAAUUUCAUUUCCAUCACUGAGGAUGGUAAAUAUGCCUCUCAGCUCUUCAUGGACCCCUAUGCCUCAAGAAUGAUUAUCGAAGGAGUGAAAUCAGGUAUUUCAAAAGAAAUCAUAGGUGUUGCUUCCAUGAUGUCUGUUUCAGGAAUGAUUUUCUUAAAAGGAACCGAUACUAAAUCGAAAGAAAAUGUUUUAACCAGCAAGGUCUCUCUUUCUAAGAGUGAAGGUGACUUGUACUCAUUGUAUUCUCUUUACAAGCAAUUCUCAACAUUGAAGCCUGUGAAAGUGCAAAAAGAAUGGUGCUCUCAAAACAGCUUAAAUUGGGUAGCAUUCAAAAUUGCGGAAAGUACUUUCAAGGAACUAUCUAGAAAUGUUAAAUCUUGCAACAUUACAUCGUUGCCACCCAACGUUUCCCUUAAUGAUGACCAAAAGAAGCAAUUCAUCCUUAAAUGCAUUAUUUCAGGAUUUAAUGCAAACAUUGCCUAUUACGAUGGUACAAGAAAAGACCGUUCGCUUAUUUACAAACUUAUAGAGCUGAAUCAAGAAGCAUGUUUACAUCCGUCCUCUGUUGUUUUUUCUGAAGACAAACCUCCAGAGUUCAUUUUAUUCUACGAACUUGUUAGAACAGAGAAGCUGUAUGUCAAGAAUGUGACUCCAGUAGAUAUUGAUACCAUAUGUCAAUACAACAAAACCCUAGACAAAACCAAAAUCGUGAGACAAGUGAAAAAAUUUGUUGAAAAGCAAAUUCCUAAAGCUUGUAUUGAUGUGCUACAAAGUAGAGAGGGAGAAAUGUUGGAAGAUCUUGAAAGAGCUACAGGUUGUGUAAUCGAGAUCGACGAGACGACCAAUUGCUUGAAAUACGAAGUUUCUCAAGAACAAGAAGCUGCCAGUAUGAAAAUUGUGAACGAAAUAGUCAAAAAAGCUUGUCACAAAGUUGAAAAGCAUUUAUUUGAAUUUGUUCCAAGCAAGCAAAACACUGUACGAGUUGUGAUUGGAAGUGGCCUUGAAGUUUUUCAUGUUCUUACGAAACACCAGUACAUUAGACUUAAUUUCAGAACUACUACCAUUGCGGAUAGCUCAUUGAGGCAACAGUUUGAAAGGUUUGGAGAAAUUUGGGACUUUGAAAUUUAUCCCAACCGUACAUCUCAGCAAAAGAUUGAAGGAUAUGUGAUUUACACUAAAUGGGAACAUGCUGAAGCUGCUUUCGAACAGUUAAAGGACUUAAACAACGAUUUGCAACUCUUUCCAACUUCCACCUGUGGAGCAGCCUCUCUCAUUGACGAAGUUCCUUCUCUCAUUGCCACAUGGUACUUGUCGCACUCGAAAGGAACUGCCCGAAUUCAGUUUCCCAAUUCCUUCCUGUUGAGAGAGGCAAAAAAAGCGUUAAAGGUUCCAGGUGCUCUUCCAAUGCUAGCACGAAUUGAAAAAAACGAAACGAAACAAAAUGAAAUCGAGCUCUCGAACUUGGGACGUGAAAUGGACGAAGAAAAAUUGCGUCAACUUUUUGGAAGAUAUGGAAUUUAUCCAUCCAAAGUGGAUGUGUCACGUGAUGAGAUUGAUCCAAAUUCUUAUACUGAACAAACACAAGUACAAACCGUUCUUGUGCAGUCGUUAUUUACACAAUAUGGUAAUUUGGAUUUUGUGGACAUCUUUCCUCCAAAACCAGCCAAAAAGAACUGCAAAGUUUUGGUCAAGUAUAAUUCCCAAACAAGCGCCUCUGAAGCUCUUCAACAGUUGAACGGAAGUCCUUUUGGAUGCGGAAAACUUAGCAUUUCAUACAAUGUGCACGAAAAGAUUUAUUUACCACUUGCGGUAUUUGAAAUUUUCAAGAACGACAUCUAUAAUUCCAUCCAUAUUGUCCAAACACAAUUCCAUUGUAAGGCAGUUUUCAAACGCAUGAAGCAUGACAAAAAGAAAAAUAGUAGUGAAUUUGGUAAUACUGGUUUCGUACAAGUUUUUGCGAACAAUGACAUGAAACAAUUCGAGAAGGCGAAAGCGUUCCUUAGAACGAGUCUUCAGUGCACCACCCUGUCAUUGUCUUUUGUUCAAUUCAAGGAUUUUGAAAAAAAGAAAGAAAAAUUUAAAAACGAACUCAAAGACAAGGUCUAUCUCUCAGCAGAUGCUCGUACGAAACAAGUGAAAAUUUAUGGAAAGGAACAAGAUCGUGAACAAGUGAAGCAAGAUAUCAUGCAAGCGAUUAAGAACGAUAGUAAGAGAUACAUUUCUGUCAAGUCCCUUAAAAAAGUGGUUCCAAUGCUAAGUCAGUUGAAGAAGGAUUUUAAAGGCGACAUUUAUAUGGACGAUAUUAGGUCGAAAAAACUGAUCAUUAUUUCAACAGACACUGAAUAUGAAAAACUCAAGCAGAGAAUUCAACAGAUUGAAAACGAUGGUAACGAGACUAGCUGUGAACAUGAAUGUAGUAUUUGCUGUUCCGAAAUUGAACAAGGGCAAACGCUUGUGUGUGGCCAUCCGUUCUGUGUCACUUGUUUUGCAAUUCAACUCGAUGGAUUCGAUAUUGAAUCGAAGUCUAUUAUUUGUAACGAAUGUAAUUGCAAAGUUCCAGUUCUUGAAAUUCUCAGCACCUACAAGAAUAAUGUUCAUUUAUUCAAGGAAAAGUGUGAAAUUCUCCUUAACAAGUAUUUGCUUAUGAACAAGUUGAAAUGGCAAUAUUGUGAUGUGUGCAAUCAGUUGUGCCGAAUGAUUACCCCAUCUUCGUAUGAGUGUUUGAAUUGUGACAUGGUUUAUUGUGUCAAAUGCAAGAAGAGAAGCCAUGAAGGAGUCUCGUGUGACCAUGAAGAGAACUUGUUUCAACAAUACCUGGCCAGCUUUACCAAAAAGUGUCCAAAAUGUACAAGUCCCAUUGAGAAAAAUGGAGGAUGUAAUCACAUGACUUGUUCUUCGUGCAACAAUCACUUUUGUUGGCUUUGCGGAUAUAGUGCUACGAGUGCGAGCCCAAUUUAUAUGCAUCAAAGCUCUUGCCCAGGUGAUAAAACGUUCUAA